GUGCAUUUGGGAGUGUUGGGAGUGCUUCUGUGUCCCUCUCACUUCUCUUCAGCUACCCUCCCGCCUCCCGCCCAUAGAAACUCUGCAGCUCACUCAGCAGCGCUUCAGACGCGCUCACUGACGCGAACACGAGUCUCCAGUCGAUCACAUACUUCAUAGAACUUCUGCGGCUCCAGCUUUUGUUUCACCCAAUUCACUCGGUUUCGAUAACAUGCUGGAUAAAGCACGGUGAUUUGUUAUUCGGCAAAAGAAGGUUUGUUUUACGACAACGCAGGUACAAUGACCGCAUUCUGCAGCAGAUCGACUGAUUAGAGGUGAGAGAUCAGUCUUCUACAGUGCUGCAGUGUUUGCACUGUGACCUGUAGGUUUGGACACAGAUAGCGAGGACAGAGCCAAUCUAGCACCAUGGAUAUCGGCAAUGAUGUGGAUUUGUCCAAUAAAAACAUCACCCCAUUGUGGAGACGCCGCACGGACAAUUGUAAUAAAAUACAGGACUCAAGCAAACCCAAACAGCGACCCCUCAGUUACCACAUAAAUGGGGUCAUGACAACGGACUUCCCUGUGGAGGACAACAAGGGUUCCUUCACCUUGAGCCAACCUCCUGAGAAACUGGUGGUCAAGAACACUGUGUUGAAGCACGUUCUGCACAAACCCUCCAGGAAAUCCCGAGUAGUCCGAAGCAUUAGCAUCGGGCACUUCUCCAAUGGACUCUUUUCAUUGUCAAGAUUUAGAUCUGAGGAUAGCAGAUCCGCCUCACUGGACAAUAGAGUGUGUAAUGUAGACUGUGACAGGGGGAAAGCCAGUAAUGGAGUGACAGUAUGGCAGGAAAAGUGUCUCCAGGACCCCCAUGGGAGCUCACGGAAUGACCAGAUAGCAUUUGGGAUGAGUUCACCUUCACCUGAGGCGGUUCCUCUUAACUCCUCUCCUGUCCUGUCUCCACACACUCCUAACAACAACUAUAACCACCAUGAACUGUCCUCCUUUUCAUCUGCAUCCAGCCCCUCUCCUCCAGCCCGGCGUACUGCUACCCCCUCCCACAGCUCCACCUCAAGCAUCCCCUCCCUCUCUUCUCUUACCUCCUCAGACCCCCCAACCCCACGCUCCCCAUCGCCAGCAGACAGAGGACAAGCGCUCCUUAGACCGUCCUCAUUCUCGCUUGCCUCCUCACAGGACACCAGGCUUGCCUCUUGCUCUUCUUCCAUCUCCUCCACCUCACCCUCUCCCUCACUUUCCCCAACUAUCUCUCCAUCUCCCUCUCCCUCCGUGGUCCUCAGCACUCACAGCCCUGCUGCCCUGAAGAUGGGCACCCAGCAGCUAAUUCCCAUGGGUUUAGCAUCCGAUAUUCGGCAGAGCAAGGUGCCUCCCUCUGAGCUGCAAGUCCAAGGUUUGGCCGGGCUGCUUGGGUUGGAUCACUCCAAGCGAGCGUUGAAAGCCCUCAGCAUGGUGGAAACGGGAAGCUACUUUUCUACAGGAGGUGUCAACGGUGAAGGGGCUGAUGGGGAAAGUGAGAGCGAUGGGACACUAAGAAGAGGCCUGAGGAGUACGUCUUAUAGGAAGGCCGUUGUGAGCGGAGUGGACUUGGAGGGCCCAUCGGUAGAUCCUAGGUCCCAUCGAUUGUCCCAGCUUGUCAUUAAAUGGCUAGAUGAGGAUAAUCCAGCUUCACCAGUCAGCCCAGCAAGUCCUGGCACUGUAAGCCUCAAUAGUCCUGGAACUGCCAAGCCUGCGAGCCCUGGGACACCCAAACUUGCCAGCCCUGGGACACCCAAACUUGCCAGCCCUGGGACACCCAAACUUGCCAGCCCUGGGACACCCAAACUUGCCAGCCAUGGGACACCCAAACUUGCCAGCCAUGGGACACCCAAACUUGCCAGCCCUGGGACGCCCAGCCCCAGGAUUGCUAGCCAUGGGACGGAAAAGCCUACAAGCACUGGGAAAAACAAGAGUCCAGACAAGAAGAAAGUAUUGACCAGUCAACGGACGUUUGACAGUGAGGAGGAAGAGCUGUACCAGAACUAUAAGGAGAAGGCUUUACAUAAUGAUUCGGAUGAGGAUGCCGAUUCCAGACAGCCCAAACCAGAUAACGGCAUCGUGGUGCAGUACAGACCUAUACGCACCUCCUGGAGCCAGCUCAGUGUGGUCAAGAAAAGUGGUCUUUCUGACCGGAUGAAUCAGGAGGAACGCAAAAGACAAGAGGUAGCCAUCUUAUUUAACACUUUUACGUUUGGUUCAGAGUGAGAAAAAUCCAAUUU